ACGGACGCCUUACAAAGACCCCUUAGCGGCUGGUUUCCUUUCAAUCCAACGCGGAUCAAAAUCGGAUUAGUAAUUUGACGAUAAAAUGUACUACAAAUUCAGUGGUUUAACCCAAAAACUGACGGGAUCGUCUCAUGCGGCCGUCUUCAGUCCUCAGGGGCUGAGACCAGGUGUGCCAGCAGAGUCCCCAGCCAUGGUCUUUGCCUCACCGACAAAGUUGGUGUCAGAGAACUCAUCUUCAGUGGAGUACUUGGGGAGAAAUAAUGUGAAUGAAAUACAAAAGCUUUUCCAGACGCAAGACGGCCUUCCUAUUCAUCUAAAGCGUGGACUUUCUGACAAGCUGUUGUACCGCACUACCAUGGCUCUCACCAUAGGUGGCGCUCUGUACUGUUUGGUGGCCCUUUACAUGGCAGCCCAGCCAAAAAAAAAUAACUGAACAACAACAAUGUAGGAUUGAUCAUUCUGCCUUCAACAUGUCCAACAUCGACAGCCACGGGGGCCUCGGCUGUCCUCCUUAGAGACUUUCAGACUAGAAUAGGUUACUUCUCCAACAUCCCACCACUGUCACUGAUACAAAUGUCCAUCUUCUUGUAAAAAAUGUCUAUUAAUAAAUUUUAUGGUGAAAGAG